AUGAAGGGCACGCCUGAUGCCCCUCAGUGCGGCUUCUCCAACGCAGUUUGCCGCGUGCUGGACGCGUAUGGCGUCAAGUACGGCUCACGAAACGUCCUGUUGGAUGACGGGAUCCGCGAGGGAAUCAAGCAGUACACGAACUGGCCUACCAUCCCGCAGGUCUUCGUUGAUGGUGAGUUCAUCGGUGGGUGCGACAUCCUCCUGCAACUGCACAACAGCGGUGAACUGGCCGGAGAACUUGGCCUCGAGCAGAAGUAA